AUGGACAAGUCACCUUCGAAUCUUGAAGCGUCUCGUAAGAUCAGAACAAAGACGAAAAAACCCAAAUUUCUCAGUCUCAAGCUCGAACUCAGCACUUCUCACGAGAUCAGCGAGAUUCCCGGAACCACGAAGAGCAAGAAGAAGAGCCAAAAAAAUCCAUCGAAACAGAGCAAUACGAAAGGAGCUGACACGGCGCCGUUUAAGGAAAAGAAGAGAGCGGAGACUCUUGGAGGAGAGAAAGAAGACGAGCAAUACGACACCGUUGCAGCUUACCUCUUCAAUUCCGCCACCGACAGCACAAUUUCUUCGAUCGACGACCUCCUCCCUUCCUCCGCCGCCGAUGUCGAUUGCACCGGAGGAAGGAAUCUGUCUCCGUACGAUCCUCAGGAGCACGGAUCGUCCUCGUCUUCGCUUUUAAGAACGGCGAUGAGGAAAGGAGCAAGCGAGGAGGAGGAGACGACGGAGGAGCGGUGGGUUAGUUAUUCGGAGGUUGUGGAGGAGGUGAUGAGUCGGAGCGGAACUCCACGGUGUUGCGGCGGAGACGGGAACGAUGGACGGCCUUCGCUGGCUCUGAAGCUUGAUUAUGAGCAGAUCAUGGAAGCUUGGUCGGAUAAAGGUACGCUUUAUGUCGACGGAGAACCGCCGCAGACUGUGCCGGACUUGCAUGCUUCUGCUGAUGUGUUUACCGACGGUGGAGAGGCGGGGAGUUUAUGGGCAGUGCCGGAGAUGGAGACGACGGAGAGGUUAUGGAGAGGGCAUAGAGAAGCGAGCUUGCUCCGGUAUAAAGAGAAACGGCAAAACCGCCUUUUCUCUAAGCGGAUUCGAUACCAAGUUCGUAAACUCAACGCUGAGAAACGUCCUCGUAUUAAAGGCCGGUUUGUGAAGAGAGACGACUCGUAA